AUGGAUCAAGUCUUGGUCGCGUUUGAUUUGUACGGCACGCUAUUGUCUACGGCAUCGGUCGCCAAGGCAUUGGCGGAACACUUCGGAGAGGACCAGGCGAACUCGAUUGCGCAGCUAUGGCGGCGGUAUCAGCUGGAAUAUACGUGGAGGCUCAAUUCCAUGAAGAAAUAUGAGGACUUCUCAGAGGUCACGCGCAAAUCGCUACACCACGCACUAGCCGAGCACGGCGUCAGUCUAGACGAUGAGCAGGCGGAUGAGCUUAUGAAGCAGUACGACAACUUGUCUACAUUCCCUGACGUCGAGCCGGCACUAAAGAAAUUGGCGGCAAACCCCAAUGUCAACUGCGUCAUCUUCUCGAAUGGCACCAAAUCCAUGGUCACCAACAGCGUGCGAUCAUCUGACGACCUCAAGCCUCUAGGCGACGUCUUCAAAGAUAUCGUCACCGUCGACUUUGUUCGGUCUUUCAAGCCGGCGCCGGAAGUAUAUAAAUAUCUGGCCCAGCGUACGCAGAAGACGGGCGCGGAGAGCUCCAUGUGGUUGGUUUCCGGCAAUCCAUUCGACGUCUGUGGUGCCAGAGCUGUUGGCAUGCAAGCGGCAUGGGUUGAUCGUCAGGGUAAUGGCUGGCAGGAUAAGCUUGGUGGGGAGCCAACAGCGAUUGUGAAGAGCCUGGAGGAAGUAGAGGCCGCAAUCGAGAAGUUUGCUCAAGGGAAACUGUAG